CACACCCGCACCCACCUCCACCUUUUAUCCUUCUUUUAUUUCGUUUCAUUUCACUUCCCAAAACAAUAAUUUAUUAUUAUUAUUAUAUAAAUCCAAAUCUCUCUCCUUUCCUCUUCUUCGUUCCUUCGUUCUCUCUCAUCCAUGGUGGAACGCAGAAGCAGAAACAGAGUCGCCGGAGCAACCGACAACAUCGAACUAGCACCGCCACCACUGCAACAAUCACCGUCAUUGAAUACCUAAGCUUUUCUAGCUGCCGCAGCAAAAUUGCGGGAGAGUUCUAGAAGAAGAAGAAAAUGCCGCUCUCCAAGUACCACAUUCGGAACGAGUACGGCCUCGCGGAUCCCGAGCUGUACCGCGCCGCCGACGUUCGGGACGAUCCGGAAGCUCUCCUUGAGGCCGUCGCCAUGGGCGGCCUCGUCGGUCUCCUCCGCCAGCUCGGCGACCUCGCCGAGUUUGCUGCCGAGAUCUUCCAUGAUUUACAUGAAGAAGUAAUGGCUACUGCUGCAAGAGGUCAUGGACUUAUGACUCGUGUUCAACAGCUUGAGGCUGAAGUUCCUUCACUUGAGAAGGCUUUUUUCUCUCAAACUCAUCAUUCAUCCUUCUACACGAAUGGAGGGGUUGAUUGGCAUCCUAAUCUUCGUUCUGAACAGAAUCUUGUUACUCAAGGAGAUCUGCCUCGAUUUGUAAUGGAUUCUUAUGAAGAAUGUCGUGGUCCUCCGAGACUUUUCCUUCUGGAUAAGUUUGAUGUGGCUGGUGCUGGGGCUUGCCUGAAGCGUUACACUGAUCCGUCAUUUUUUAAAAUGGAAUCAGCUUCAUUUGAAACCAAAAUGGUAGAAGUUCACAGGGAAAAGAGAAUACGUAAAAUCAAGCAGAAGAAAGGACAACGAUUGCGGGAUGGCGAAGGCCCUAAUGUUGCACCAUCACAUGCAAAAUUGCAUCAGCUGCUUCUUGAGGAGCGUAUUGAGAAUGGUUACACUGAUCCUGCACGUCUUGUGAAGUUGAAGAAAAGACAGUUGAAUGGAUCUGCAGUUGAAGUAAAAGAUGGGAAAAGUUACAUGACAAAGUUCCUGGAAACUGCCUCACCUGAUCAUAAAAUGAUUUAUGAAACUUCAAUUAUUCCUUUGUCUGUAAAGCCUAUGUCGGAUGAUACCAGUGAAGCAGGGAUCAAAACGCUUGAAAUCAGUGGCACUAGUCCUGUAAAGAGGAAAUUGGGAAACGAAAACACCUACCCAUCCCCUAACCAGCAGGAAUCACUAAAAGGAUUUUCAGAAAUGGAUGGAAAGGCAAAUGGAGAUGUUGUGAAGGUGAAAGAACAAAAAUUUUCUCGUGUGACAGAGGAAAUUUCUUCUAAUCAUCCCAAGUUUCCUAUGGAAACAGAAUUGGCAGUCGAUGAACAAAAGAAAAUAGAAGGGAUCUUAGAUGGGUACCAUUCUGAUACAAUUAGUGAAGUUGACAAUUAUAUGGAUGCUUUAAACACCAUGGAGUCAGAAUUGGAAACAGACAAUGAAUGUAAACCUAAAAGGCGAUUAUUGAAUAUUCAAAAGGCAACAGACGGUGAUGGCAAAGAAAACUAUCAACCAGAGGCUCGGUUUUCAUAUUCUCAAUCAUUUGGAGAUUCCUCAACGUCUGAUGAGAUUGGUUCAUUCAAACAAGAUAGAAAUGAAGAACAAAUUGAAGAGCAUGCUCAGUUGUCUGAUUCUCGCUCAACUGGGACAUCCUCAAUGUCAGACAAUAGUUUGUUCAGAAGAGAUGGCGAUGAUCAUACAGAAAUGCAAUCUCACUUUUCAGAUUCCCCAUCUAUUGGAAAUUCUUCUAUGUCAGAUGACAAUAGUUCUAGCAAGAAAGAAAGAUCCCCUUCCGAUCACACUGAUUCAUUAAGCUCUGUGGUUGAAAAUAUACAAUCGGAGCCUAUAUUAUCAACAAAAACCAAAAUUUAUGAACCAGAGGUUGAAGAUACACUACCCAGACAGCCUCCCCAUAUUGCUGUUCAUGAUGCACCUGAUGGUGAAGAAGAAAUUUCUGAUUCAGGGCAAGCCUCUAAUGAACUGAUGACUUCAGGACAUGUAUUGUGUUCUGUUCAUGGCCCUGCUUCACCAGUGACUCUACCUCCACAGGCUCAAUCAGAUGAACUCCCAUUUGACCCAGUUGAACUUAAUUCAACAGUAGAAGAAGAUGAAGAAAGAACAGAUCCUAUGAAAUCUACGGUUGCUGAACCUGUCUCUCUCUCUGCAGUGAAAGAAGAUGCUUGUCCUUUGGAUUUGUCUGAUAAAAAUUCUCUAGACAAGUUCGAUAAUUAUGAUCCAAAUGUUCAGUCCGAUGAUUUAUUGCAAUUUUCCAAUAAUUUAGAAUUAGUUCAGGAAAAUGAAGGCAGUGAUCUUUCAGAAAUAAAGAAGUUGCAGGUGGAAUCACCUAAUAAAAACUCUCUUGAAGUUUUGGUUGAUAGAGAUAUUGGUUCAACAGGAGAGGAUCCGAUUUCCUCAUCCAUGGAAGAACUGGACUUGAAUUCAGGUACAAUGGUGGUGCUUGAUUGUCAAGACUUGAAAGAUGAGGAUUGUAUUAUAUCUACCCAACUUGGUUCUGAAGAUUUGGCUCCUGUUGUGGAUGUUCCUCCCACGAGUUGCCUUACCGGGGAGUUAUCCUCAGAUGUAACUCAUAACAAUCCACAGGAUGAACCAAGUUUAGCCAAAAAUGAACAAGUGUGUUCUGAUGUGGAAUCAAUUUCUGAAGAGGGACUGGUGCCCGGUGAUGAAAUAAGAUCCACCUCAGGUGUUGAUCCUGUUGAAGGUGAUGGUCCUGUUAAAGAGCUGUCUUCUCCUGAUACUCCUGUGAUGGUAAAUGAUGUGUUCAGUGAAAAUGUUGAUUCAGAAGACCAAGCUGUCUCUACUGUUCCUUCUGUUAAUAAUGAUGACAAAGAUGCAGGUAUUUUAACCUGUCCAGCUCCAUCUGGAAGUUCUUCCAGUUUGCAAAAACCUCUCUCUUCUUCCUUGGAUUAUUAUAAGAUGGAAAUGGAAUCCAAUGAAGUAAAAUCAACCCAAAUUUUAAAGGACUUGAAUGUAGAGAAAAGGGAUAGCCAACUGGAGCAAUCGACAGCCAUCUCACCACUUGAUGUCAUUUAUUCUCCAACCAUUAAUUGUACAGAUACGGAAGAAUGUCUCUCUGCUGUUGCAGAUCCGCAUGAGAAAGAGAUGGAAGUUAACAAGGCAGUUGCUAGAGAAUCUUUGACAGAAUUAGAGAGACAGAAUGAAAUGGAUCAACCAAUAGCUGUGUCUUCUGGUGUGCAAUUGAAUCUGGAGAAACAGGCACCUGGUGAUCUUUCUAAUUUAGAAAGAUGUAAUGAUAAUCAAAAUUCAUCUCCUUGGGAGAAACUCCAACACAGUGCUUCUGUCGACGACAUGAAAAUGGUGCAUGAAUUUUCAGGGUUAGAUAGUCAGCAGUCAGAAUCUAUAUUUGAUGACUUGAAUGAUCCUUCACAGAACAAGAGAGAGAGUUUUUCAUCACCUUGUAACAAGCUUGAGUCUGGAAGUGAUGUAGAGCUGUUUUCACGAUCACAUGUUGGUGAAUGGGAUGCAGAGUUUAUGCUCAGCGGUGAAGGAAACAUAGCCUCUCAGAAAACUCAAUUGGAGAAAGAAAGCAUUCAUGCCACUCCCGACUUCCCUUCAGAUGACCAUGCAGAUGAACUGUCAUCAUCUCAUCCCUUACCACAGUCAUCUAGCCAGGAGGUUAACCCUACAGAACAUGUCAUGGAGCCAUCGAAGUCUCUUCCCGAUCUCUUUACUGAGUCAGCUGAGAAUAAUCUCGAUGAGAUGCCUCCUAUGCCCCCUCUACCACCUAUGCAAUGGAGAAUGGGCAAGGUUCAGCAUUCUUCCCCUUUUCUGCAGAGAGAACAGGUAGAAGUAAGUCAGGCCUCAUUCCAACCAAUGCUGCCUUCAGGUCAACCAAUGCUUCCAAUUGAACCUGAUAAUACCUCUCAAUUUGGUUUUCCACCAUCUGAAAGAGAUAAUUUGCUGUCUCAGAAUCCAUUUGUGCCUGUCAUGGCAGUGAGUGAUAAGCUCCAAUCUUCUGGGUUUCCAGUGGGUGUUUCAGGGCAUCCUGUUGCUAUACCUUUUCAAUUUCCUAUCAUGGUUAAUGAAGCAAAUGGUCAAUACCUAUUGUUGGACAGAAGCCAAAUUGCAAAUCCUUUCUAUACAUUACCUGUUGUAACCACCAGCAGGCCUCAGCAUGGCUACAUUGUUGCUUCUGAGGGACUAAUGGCACAAAAUUCAACCCUAUACCCUCCAACUCCAUCUGCCGAUUUUUCUGCUUCUGUAACUGAUUUCACCUCUCCACAGGAAAAAUUGACCCAAUCCCCAAGUCAAUUAAUGACUGAGACUAGUUUAGAAGUCAAAGCACAUGAGCAUCCCAUAAGAAAUGUCGUACCUGUGGCCACUUCCCAAGAUUCUCAUGUUACUUCUGGACAAGAUUCCAUCUCUGCAGACGAACAAACUCAACCUCUUAUUCUGUCAAAGACAGAGACUAGUGAAGAUGACUCACUUCAGCAGUCUACAGAUAACAGGUUAUCCGCUGAAAGCCCUCCACAUGCUUAUGUUGCUUCUGAGGGAGAAACAGUUGAGAGUUCAGAUCCUUGCCCUCCAAUACCACCUGCUGAAUGUGCUGUUCCUGAACAUGAUUCCAUCUCUCCACAAGAAAAACAAAUUCAUCCUCCCAGUCAGUUUUCAACAGAGGCUAGUUCUGAAGUUAAAACACUGAAUCAAUCUAUGAGUAAUGCUGAAGUGGGACAAGGACAUCUGCCUAUCUCACUCAUGUUGCCACCUCACAUGAAUAGUAUGGCACCUAAUCCGCAUUUCUUGCCUCCUGAGGGGGAAACAUCAUUGUCCUUAGCUGCAUCUGCUCAAACUUCAGAUUUUGAGAGUGAAAGGACAAAUCCAAAACCAAAGAACAAGCUUCCUCGUCCUCGGAAUCCGCUAAUUGACGCUGUUGCUGCUCAUGACAAAAGCAAGCUUAGGAAGGUUACUGAACGGGUUGUUCCUCAAACCGCCCCAAAGACAGAUGAAAGAGAUUCAUUGCUAGAACAGAUAAGAACAAAGUCCUUCAACUUGAAGCCUACUGUAGCAACGCGACCCAGCAUUCAAGGUCCUAAAACAAACUUGAAGCUUGCCGCCAUCUUGGAAAAAGCCAAUGCAAUUCGCCAGGCUUUGGCCGGAAGUGAUGAAGACGAUGAUGCGGAUAGUUGGAGUGAGUGAUUCUUGAAUUCUGUUUGGAAAGCAUUGCACUCUGAUUCUUGCCUCUGAACCAUGUCCAAAGUGUCACUCGUUCUCUCCUACAAUGAAUAGGAAAAGUCUUGGUGAAAUGUAAAGAUUCUUUAUCCUACCAUGUUCAUAUAUGAUAUACUCUUAGGUCUAGCUUCUCCUCUUAGUCCUCAUUUCUUCUACAUACAAUUUGCAUGAAUAUCAGUAUAAGCAAACAAAAUUUAGCAUCAAUCGUCAAAUCCAGAUCCAUUGUAGGAGGUGAAAAACUUUCUGCAAUUUGAUACGGCUCAGGCUCAGCGUGCAAGCGCUGUACCCACUUAUCAUCAAAUCCCAUAAGCAAGUGUAUAUUUCUGUGUUAUGUCAUUACCUUAUAUCUGUAAUCUGUGUACCCAAUUUUGUACUUGUGUGAUGUGUAGCGUAUGUGUAUCGUGAUAAUUUCCCCAUUUAUCAGCAUGUAUCUCAUCUAUGUCCAGUACAGUCAUAUAUGUAAACGUUAGUAUAAUACUUUCAGUGUACAGAUUCCAUCAUUGCUGUCAUUCAUUGAGCUACUACUUACUGUUAUUAUAGUAUCUUAUAUGUUAACAAACAAAGAGGUAGAUUGGUUCAUUGUCUGUGGUAAAUAGAAGCAUGCAUGAAGAGGAAGA